UUGUUGGAGGUUUGAGUUGUGUGUGUGUGUGUGUGUGUGUGUGGAGUCCAUCCCUGACUCUCCCUCUCUCGGGUGAAGUGGACGGGUCGGUUGCCCCCGGAAGUGAACGCUCGCUCCCUCGCUCGCUCGCGCCGGUUCGCCCUCCCUGAGCUGAGAGCUCGAGGCUCUGUCACAAUGAGGGACCCAGGCUCAAUCUCCCUGUUCAUCUUGGCUCUGUUGGCCAGUGCUCAGUCCAUCACACCUAGCGACUAUUUGUCAAGCUCUGAUGUUGAAAGAUUAAUCGAAACCUUAACACAAUCCUUUUCCGAUUUGGAGAGUGCCUAUUACACUAUAGUCGGAUUGAAUAAGCUAGGUGAAGAAGUACCAGAUGAACAGGGUGCUUGUGACUUUCUGAAAUCGCAAGUGGACUCCGGCGAUAUUGAUUCCCUAUUUUAUGCUGCUGAAGCAAGCCAAGUCCUAUCUAAUUGUGAGAUUGCAGUCCAAAAUGAAACCAGAGACCAACUGUUAGCAGCAGUGAGUGAAGAUUCUUCAAUUACCCAGAUUUACCAUGCAGUUGGAGCCCUCAGCAGCUUUGGCCUUCCAUUGUCAUCACAGGAAGUUAUCCGUACCCUUGGCGCUCGCAUCUCCAAAGAUGAUAACUCUUUGGGAAUUAUUCAUGCAUUGUUUGCAGCGUCAUAUCUGUCUCAGCAAGCUGAUCUCCGACUCAUCGUAGAGGAAAUUGAGGACCUGGUUGCACGUCUGGACGAUCUUGGCGGUGUUUACCUGCAGUUUGAAGAGGGAAUAGAAACCACAGCACUAUUUGUAGCUGCAGCGUACAAGUUGUCUGACCACGCUGGAAUGGAGCCAACAAUAAAAGAAGACCAAGUUAUCCAGCUUGUUAAUGCUGUGUUCAGUAAGAAACACUAUGCUACCCUGUCAGAAGCAUUCAGUGUUGCCUGUGCUGCUGCAGCUUUGUCCCAAAAUCAGUACCACAUUCCGGUUAUUGUAGUACCUGAAGGUCCUGCCUCUGUCUCUCAUAAGAACCCGAGUCUGAAGUUGCAUGUGACAAAUGUCAUGUCCCAGAGUCUGCAUUCAGCUGAAGUUCAGCUUGAAUAUGCUAAGUCACCAUCAACCAAAGCCACAAUUCUUCAGCAGUCAUCUUUUGCUUUGAAGGGCGAUCUUUUUGAAAUGAAUUUUAUGGAGGCAAAGCCACCAAGUGGAUAUUAUGAAUUCUCUGUCAGGGUGGAGGGUGACAGCCGAUUUGUUGCAAAUCAUGUGCAGCUUAAAGUCAAGGUUGCCACUGAAGUUGGUAUCACUAAUGUUGACCUUUCAGUAGUUGACAAGGAUCAGAGCAUUGCACCAAAGACUACCAGGGUGAUUUAUCCUUUAAAGGUCAAGGGAAUCCUUACCGCUGACAGUCACCAGAACAUUGCCUUAUCCUUCCAGCUGGCUGAUGUGAACACCGGCGCAGAGCUUACUCCACACCAGACUUUCGUGCGUUUGUACAAUCAGAAGACGGGGCAAGAAGUGGUCUUCGUAGCAGAGCCAGACAAUAAAAGUUUGUAUAAAUUUGACCUGGAUGUGUCUGAGAGGAAGUCUGAGUUUGGCUCGGUCUCUGGAACCUAUUUCCUCUUCUUGAUAAUUGGAGAUGCAACAAUCGAAAACCCAAUUUUGUGGCAUGUGGCUGAUAUUACAAUUAGGUUUCCUGAUGAAGAUGCUCCAACUCCAGUACAGCUUCUCAAUCCCUAUGCUCCCAAACCAGAAAUUCAGCAUCUCUUCAGGGAGCCUGAAAAAAGACCACCUACUGUAGUGUCCAACGCAUUUACUGCUCUCGUUAUAGCACCCUUGUUACUGCUCUUAAUUCUGUGGGCCAAACUGGGAGUCAACAUCUCCAAUUUCACCUUUACUCCAAGUACCCUUAUCUUCCACUUGGGACAUGCUGCUAUGCUGGGACUUAUGUAUGUGUACUGGACUCAUCUGAACAUGUUUCAGACCCUGAAAUAUCUUGCUGUACUAGGUGGCAUCACAUUCUUUGCUGGAAACCGAAUGUUAGCUCAGAAAGCAGUAAAGAGGAUUGCAGCAGAACAAAGCAGUAGGUUGGCAAAGUAUAGGACUCUUCGGUAGAGGGGUUUCUAAUCAAGAAGUUAACCCAAAACAAAGAAUUGAUAGAGAUCCAUGGAGGGAGAAAUCUGAAGAUGACGGAAAUAUUUUUAAGACUGAGAAGACACCAAAUUUUGAAAGUUGAUUGUAAUUUGUUUUUGUGAGUGGCAACCACUUUUUUUUAAAAAAAUUGCACUGACAUUUGGUCCAUGUGAGCCAGUCACCAACUUCUGACCUUGUAAGUUGCCAGUAAUUGGCAGCACUCCCUAUAAAGGAGUGCUGGCUUCCCUUGGGUUCUCCAUGAUGGUACAUGUUUUGUAAUAUCAUUUGUUUUCUGAAAUAAAGUGGAAAAUUAAAUCUUG